AUGGCCUUCAAGGCAGUGGUAUUGGUCGGCGGACCGCAGAAAGUCCUCGGAUCUCUUUGCUUUGAAACUGCUUGUAAAGCAUUUCUUUCCUUUCUUCCUUUCCGCACUGUUACAUUUGAAGAUGGUAGACUGUCUUCAGGAACGCGUUUCCGUCCACUCUCUCUUCAACUUCCAAAACCUCUUUUUCCGAUUGCUGGCGUCCCAUUAGUGGAACACCACAUUGAUCAGCUUGCUCAGCUCCCUGGUCUUUCCGAAGUUGUCUUAAUUGGUUCGUACUCUUCUGAGCUGUUCACCGACUUCAUUGGACGAUGUCAGCAAACCUACCGUAUCUCUAUAAAGUACGCUCAGGAACAGCAGCCUAUGGGUACUGCUGGUGGGCUGGUAGCUCAGAGAGACACCAUUGUUGGUGAUUUUCCCGAGGGAGUUUUCGUCAUCAACGGCGAUGUUUGCGGAGACCUUCCCGUAGAUGAGAUGGUUGAACGUAUUGCUUCAUUACCUGAUGAUAGCUGUUUACUUCUUACCACGGAGGCCACUCGAGAACAAAGCGGAAAUUUUGGAAACGUGGUGAUUGAUAAUAAUGGUCGUGUCGUGCACUACGUUGAUAAGCCCACAACAUUUGUCUCCACUCACAUAUCAUGUGGAGUUUAUCUCAUGAAAACAAGUGCAAUUAUGGUCUGUGUAAGAAACUCCCGUAGACAAACCAAUGUUUCGAUAUGGGUUCUUAAUUGCUUGUUAACUUUGCUCUUCCAGGGACUCAAUGCCGAUUCAAUUAGUAACCUAUGGUUUGAAACGGACAUCUUUCCUCAGAUGGCCUAUAACGGAAAACUUUUUGCUCUGCACACAACUCGCUGGUGGAGUCAAACAAAAACAGCAGCAGCCGUCCUUUAUGCCAAUAGACACUAUCUUCGUUUGUUCAAGAAGCGAUAUGCAGCUCGUUUGUGUAAGGAUCGUGCGCAGAUUAUCGGUGAUGUAUUCAUUGAUCCCAGUGCGGAGGUCGACAAAUCCGCUAAAAUUGGUCCUAACGUCAGCAUAGGCGCAAAUGCCAAGAUAGGAAAGGGUGUUAGAAUAAAAGUACGUUUAUUUGUCGCAUUAAAUUCCUACAUUAUCUUACUAUUGUCGCAAUUUUGUAGGAGUCGAUAA